UCGGCGUUCGGCUUGGCGGCUUGGUCGAUUCGCAGAAGUUUCUUGACGACGCCAUUUUGAAAUCCCCCAACCGCUUCGGGCUGUGGGUUGAGGUUUCGUCUGAUAACUUUUAGAAGGACCAGAAGCAGUUUUCCAGGGACUUUUCCGUUGUUCUUAUUCUUUUAUUAGUGACAUUUCAUCUUUAGUUUAGUUCGGGAUCGUUCUUGUACAUACGGAAUACGGAUAAUAUUCAGAUCAAUGUGACCAAUGGAUAUUAUGAUGAGAUGGGAAGAUGACUCUACUUGCCUCGAAGUCUGGACAUCUAUGACAUCUCUACGCUCGUCAGUUUAGGGAUGCAUCUUGGCUGAUAAUUGAUUUCUUCAUUUUGGUAGAUUACCAAAGAAGAGGAAUAUUUUGACUUUGAUCCGAUAAGUUCCCAUCCUGUUUCUUUAAUGGAGAAGAUAUCCGGACACUGAGCAAGAUACCGCUCCUCAUGUAGCAGUUAAAUAUCAAGUGUGCUGAACCUGGUGCUGUCUUCCCAACGUACAUCUGGGUGUGCCUCGUGCAGUGCACCUGCUGAUUGCUUCUUCAGGUCCAUCUACUGAAAGACUGCUCUACUCAGCAGCAGCCGCGACGCACUCAACAUGAGCGUCAUCAUACGACUUCAGAACCUGCCAUGGUCGGCCAACUCGGUCGACAUCCGCCAGUUCUUCCACGGCCUCUCCAUCCCGGAGGGAGGCGUCCACAUCGUGGGCGGCGACCGCGGCGACGCCUUCAUCGCCUUCACUACGGAUGAGGACGCCCGUCUCGCCAUGAUGAAGGACGGCGGCAUGAUCAAGAACGACAAGGUGCGCCUGCUGCUGUCGUCGCGGACGCAGAUGCACCAGGUGAUCGAGGACGCGCGCAACCAGGCGCAGCGCAUGGCGACGCACGUGCCCACCCCUGUGCCCGCGCCCGUGCCCGCCCCCGUCCCCGCGCCCGUGCCCGCCCCCGUGCCGCCGCCCAGGCAGGGCGCCGACGUCAACGUCAACGUAAACGAGACCCUGGCCAACAUCAUGCAGACAUUGACGCAGGCCGGUAUGGGCAACAUGCUCCACAACAUCCCGGGCCUGGCCAACCUCGCUCCGCUGAUGCAGCAGGGACUCGCCAAACCGCCGGCACUGCAGCAGCCCCCGCAUCACGUGCAGCACCCGCUGCACCUGCAGCAGCAGGUCCAACAACAGAUGCAGCAGUUACAACAACAACAACAACAGCAACAGCAGCAAAUGCAGCAACAGCAGCAGAUGCAGCAACAGCAGCAAAUGCAGGCAUCUACCCAGGGUGUUUCCGAGGACACGGACGCACGGCUUGACGGCGGGCGCAGGGACAGGAGGGGCAGGUCUCGCUCCAGGGACAGGCGGGGCGGACCGCGCAGCCGCGACAGGAGCCGCGAGCGCAGCCGGGACCGAGGCCGCAGCAGGGACAGCAGGAGCCGCGAGCGCAGCCGGGACCGCGGCCGCGGGCGAAGGCGCAGCAGGGACAGGAGCCACGAGCGCAGCCGGGACAGGCGGCGCCUCUCCAAGGACAGCGGGCCGGCCAAGCCCAAGGACGUGAAACCGCCCAACCAGCCGCUGCUCAAGACACCUGAGAUGGGGCCUGACGGCAACUGGACGUCAAAGCCCAGCCAGCCUACCCUCGGGAACGGUGGCGUGGCCUCCGGUGCCCCGGGCGCCUCCGUGCCCUCGCAGGACCACGACAGCAGGGCGGCCGUGCCCCUCAUGUCCCUCAUGGGAGGGCUCCCCCGGCUGGGCGCGCCGCUGGGGGCCUCGCGGGUUGCGGGGCCCGGCUCCAGCCCCGGGGCCACGUCGUCGCCCGGCCAGGACCAGCCCAUCGGGAUGGGUCUGCGGCCUUGGAACACCAAGAAAGAAGGCUCCUCGAAUGACGUGGACACCAGGGGAGGCCAGGAAGACUUCUUCGACCCUCGUCGGGGACCUCUCGGCCAGGACAGGCCUUUCAACGGACCGGGUGAUCGGAUGGGUCCCAUGGGCCCCAUGGGACCGAUGCACCGCGGCCCUGUGGACCAUAUGAUGGAGCGUGCCAUGUUGGAGAUGAGGGGCAGCCCUGGUCACAUGGAUUCUAUGGGCCCUAUGCGGGACAGACUGGCUAUGCUUGACGGCGAGAGGAACGGCGUCGGCCCCAACGGGGGUGGUGACAUGUUCGGCAUGGGUCCGGGAAUGGGCCCUGGCAUGGGCAUGAUGCCCAUGGGCCCUCGUGCCGGUAUGGGCCCUGGCAUGGGACCUGGUCCUGGCAUGGGCCCCGGCCCUGGCAUGGGUCACAACGGGACCUUGCUCAACCCUUCCUAUUUGAACCGAGCCGGCGGACCUGGUGGGCCUGGGGGACCUGGCGGCCCUGGCGGCCCUGGUGGGCCGGGAGGGCCUGGCGGCCGGAUGCGCGGUGGCCCGCGCCAGAGUCGUUUUGAACCACUCCCUGGCGGACCUGGUGGACCAGGCGGGCCGCAUGGAAUGGGACAGCGCUUCCCCGAUGUGUUCGACGUGCCGGACGAUGAUGACAAUAAGAAUGGCCUCGACCGCGGUAGAAGUGGCAGGGAUGUGUCCAGCCGGGAGCGCGACAGAGGGGACCGAGACCGUGACCGCGGUCGCCGCAGUGACAUGGACCGACCUGGAGACCGGCGGCGGAAUGACCGUGACAGAGACCGUGACCGCAGUCGCUCUGACCGGCGCGACGACGACCGGAAAGGCUUCGCCGGCAAGGACGAGUUCGGAAGAGACAUCGAUCUGAUCGGCAGGCGGCGGGGCAGUGCGGAAGGUUUGAGCCUUGGCCAGGGUGGCCAGCCCAAUGACAAGCAGGAGCGCAACCUGUGCAUCGAGGUUCGCAACAUGAGUCGCAGCGCCACAUUCGCCGACGUGCGCCGCUUUUUCGCGAACCGGAUCAUCCCCAACACCGGGCUGAAGCUCAUCAACGACACCCAUGGCAACCGCACGGGUAUCGCUUACGUGCGCUUUAUCCACAAGCGUGACUACGACGCGGCCCUGGAGAUGUCCGGAUCCCUGAUGAAGAACGAGCAGGUGGAAAUCCUGCCCAUUCCCGACGACCUCUUCGACAAGGCCGUCGACUCUUACGUCCCUGGGUCGCCCACCCCCAAGCUAGACGAACCGCACAGCCUUUGCGUGCGCUGUGACGACUUGCCAUUCAAUACCAAAGAAGAUGUGAUUAGGCAGAUAUUCCAGGAGUACCAGUUUGACGUGGCACUAGAGGAGCCAAGAGACAUGUCGUCACGGUCGGCCAUUCUGAAGUUCAGGAGGAUGGAAGAUGUCAAGAAACUCUUCAAUUCAGCUAUCAAAUUUUCCAUAGAAGGUCGAGAAAUCAAAUUGUCAAGUUGUCCUGAGCAUUUGUUCCAUGAAUCUCGAUCAAACCAAAAUGGACGAUUAGAACAUAAUUUAGAUGAUUUUGGUUUGCGUGAUUCCGCUCCAAGAAGCUUAAGAGAUGAAAGUCCAAUUCCCUCAAUACCAACAGAUGUAUUACUUCUAAAAAAUUUGCCACCUACAGUACGAGAUAGAGAUAUCACAGAUUUCUUCUCUGAUGUUGGACUAGUCCCUCAUAAAAUUCACAUGCUGGUGGACCCCUUUGGAAAGCCAGUUGGUGAAGCCUUUUGUGAGUUCAACGACGGCGUGGAAGCAGCGAAAGGAUUGCGCAAGGAUAGCACUCACAUGGGAAAAUUCAUUGUGAAUGUAAAACCUGUCUCUAGACCCGAAAUGGGUGCUGUUCUCAAUCAGCCUAUGAUGCCAACUGGUCCUAUGGGAAACUUUGGCAUGAUGCAACCCAGAAUGAUGGGUCCUCGCCACACUCCUCUUCUUGGGGCUGUUCCGCAAGGGUUUCCAGGAAGAAUACCUGAAUUGCAAGAUAUACAGCCAGAGCCUUUCGGUAAACCAGGGUGUGUCAUUCAUUGUGAAAAUGUUCCAUUUCGCGCAGAGAUUGAAGACAUCCUAGAAUACUUUUCAGGCUUCAACCUCACUAAAGAAAAUGUAAUUAGGAGGUUCAAUGACAGAGGGUUGGCAACUGGUGACGCUAGAGUUGCAUUAAAUUCACCAGAAGAGGCACAGUCAGCAAUGCAAAAGUUAAAGGGCAAAAAAAUGUUUGGGCGACUUAUUUGGUUGUCAUUACUUUGAUUGUGAUGUCUCUUCCUAUUUUUGUAAAGAUUGCUUGUUAGUUACCUAGGGAUUAAAAGCUGGAUGUUUAUUUGAUUUAUCACUGAAAACUGUAAAUGUAUUCUGUUAUUUGUUGCUUUAAGUGUUUAUAUUUUUGCAUCUUGAAGGUGACUGCACGUAAAAAUUUUGUUGCUGAGCAUUUUCGUUGAGUGUUUCCAAUUCAUUCAUUUUAUUUUAGUACCUAAUUGUAUAUUAUUUGUAUUUCUUUUGAGAGUCAAAUAGAACUGAUUAAAUUAAUGUGUUGUUUACCUGCAGUAGCUGUUGUAAGGAGUAUGACUCAAAAUAAAAUAUCAAACUUGAUCAUUGAAAAUAA